AACCCAGGCAAACCAAAACCUCUGCCAACUGUAAACAAGGAUCAACUCAAGAUGGCUGCUGCUACUUCUGGUGCUGUCCUUAAUGGUUUGGGGUCUUCUUUUCUUUGUGAGGGAAGAGAAGCCAAGCUUUGUUGGGUACUAACAAUAGAAUGGUUGGCACUGGUUCAAAGGAAGUUUGUGGUUAUGGCUCUUCCACCAAAGAAAUCUUGGAUCCCCUCUGUUAGAGGUGGUGGCAACAUUUUGAUCCCUGAGUGGCUUGAUGGUCGUAAGCUCCCAGGCGACUAUGGCUUUGACCCAUUAGGGCUAGGGAAAGAUCCAGCAUUUUCUGAAAUGGUAACAGAGAAGCAGAGCUAAUGCCACGGGUCGAUGGGCCAUGGCUGUGUAGUAGGAAUAUUCGUAGGCCAAGCCUGGAGUGGAGUCUCCAUGGUUCGUGCCGGUGCUGACCCAGAAGCCAUUAAACCUUUUCUCGUUUGGGCUUCACUGUUAGGAACUCAACUUCUGCUAAUGGGUUGGGGUAUUGAAAGCAAGCGAUGGGGUUGAUUUCUUUAACCAGACUCACAGUCAGUUGAAUGGGCACUCCAUGGUCAAGAACAGCCAAGAGAACUUGCUAAAUGCGACAGCGAACAAGGAUAUCCAGGAGGAAAGUUUUUUGACCCACUAGGGUUUGCAGGGACAAUACAGAAUGGAGUUUACGUUCCUGAUGUGGAGAAACUCGAUAGAUUAAAGUUGCUGAGAUUAACAUGCAAGACUAGGUAUGGUUGCCAGUUAAUUUUCUACUUUGAAGGCUGGCAAGGAAAGACUCCUCUUGGAGCUCCUCGGUUGAUAAAAUUACAUUUAAAUUAUGUGUUUUAA